AUGGUCUUCCCUGGGCGCCACCAUCUUGGAAGCCACGCCAACGUGAAAGGAGAUUUUGCUUACCGAUUGUGCAGUGCUCCAUUUGCUGCCAUUGCAGUGUAUUUAGUCUUUGGAACUUUUCUGGUGGGAACACAUCAUGUGCCCAACAAGUCAUCUACCUGUGCAUUAGAUUCUCAAGGCAGUGGAGGUUAUCAGCAAGAAGGUGACAUUAUUUUGGGACUUCUUAUUGAGCUUUUCUUCUUUAAAAGAACUACCAAGCAAUCUUACCGACCUUCCCUUUCUUCUACUCAGAUUAGUUAUGGAACUCAGGAUACCAGCUUCAAUGACAGAAAACGUUUUCCAACGUUUUACAGGACUAUGAUCAGUGAGAACACAGAAUUUAAAGUCGUUAUUCACCUCCUCAAAACAUUUAACUGGACAUGGGUGGGAAUGUUAAUAUCAGAUGACACCGAUCGCGAUGAAAGAAAUGAAAGAAUGAAAGCUCAGAUUAUCAACAGCGGGGCUGCUUGUAUUGCUUUUUUUUUAGUAGUCAAGGAAAAGGAUCUUUCUCUUUUGCAUGGCGCUACACAAACAAUAAAAAGGUCAACUGCAAAUGUUAUCUUACUGGACAUAAAAAUAAUGCACUUUAUCUGUAUUGUCUUGGCAGAUAACUAUGAUAGGAACAUUAUUUGGAUAUCUUUAAGUUCCAUGUCAACUGUUGUGGUAAACUACCCACUAUUAGCAUUGAAUGGUUCCCUACUGUUAAUGUUAUCCCAAGAGGAGAUACCUGGUCUGCAGCAGUUCAUUUACUCUGCAAGCCCCUCGAAAUUUCCAAGGGAUCCUAUAACUGCCUCUCUGUGGAAUUACGCAUUUGGACCCCUAAAUUCAAAAAGAAACACAAGUAAUAUAAAUGACAUGCUGAAAAUCUAUGAUACAUCUGUUUUAAACUUUAAUACCUACAGGCUGACAUAUAAUAUAUACAUAUCUGUGUAUGCCCUGGGGCAUGCUCUCCAUGACAUGUUUAUGGAUAAAGUCAUCAACAGGCAGGGUUUUCCAGAAUUCAUGCCAUGGAAGUUAAACAGCUAUUUGAAGAAAGUCCAUCUCAAGACCACGUCUGUGGAUAACAUGUUCUUUAAUAAGUAUGGAGAAGCUCCAAGGCGCCUUGAUGUCCUCAGCUUAAAUAUAUUCCCUAAUAAUACAAUGAUUACUAGGAAGGUUGGGGAUUUUGACUUAUCAGCUCAUAAAGAAAACUUCAUUAUUUACAAAGAAAGGAUUUUGUGGACUCCUCAUUUCAAUGGGAUCCCCCAUUCUGCCUGCAGCAAGAACUGUCCUCCUGGUUCAAGAAAGAUGUUAAUAAAGGAGAUGCCAAGUUGUUGCUAUAACUGUGUUAGAUGCUCAGAGGGAGAAGUAACUACUGUCUCUGAUAUGGAAAACUGCAUAAGAUGUCCUAAAAUCCAGUGGUCGAAUGAGCAGAGGAACAAAUGCAUCAUGAGGACCUUGGACUUCCUCUCUUUUGAGGAUUACAUGGGACUGUUUCUGACUUCAAUGGCUAUUGUUCUGUCCAUUUUAACAACAGCCAUUUUGAUCAUAUUUAUAAAGUACAAACAUACAACUAUAGUGAAAGCAAAUAACAGAGAGCUUAGUUAUUGUCUUCUUAUAUCCCUGAUAUUGUCUUUUUUCUGCUCUUUAUUAUUUAUUGGUUGGCCAACGAAGGGCAUCUGUUUAAUUAGACAAGUUGUAUUUGCCAUUGACUUUACCUUCAGUAUCUCCUGUGUGUUGGGCAAAACUCUAACUGUUGUUAUUGCCUUUAGUGCCACCAGGCCUGGAAGCAAAUUAAGAGGCUGGGUUGGUACAAGGAUCCCAAAAUGCAUUGUGUUGAUUUGCACUCUUGUCGAGAUUGUUAUCUGCUCAUUAUGGCUGAUAAAUUCUCCCCCAUUUCCAGAAUAUGAUACCGAGUCCCACACAGCAACAAUGAUUUUGCACUGCAAUGAAGGAUCAACUGUUGCAUUCUACAUGGUAAUUGGCUAUAUUGCACUUUUGGCUUUGAUAUGCCUAUUUGUUGCUUAUCUUUCCCGUACACUACCAGACAUUUAUAAUGAAGCUCAGUAUAUUACUUUCAGCAUGUUGGUGUUCUGCAGUGUCUGGAUCUCCUUCAUCCCAGCCUAUCUGAGCACCAAGGGCAAGUUUUUGACAUCUGUGGAGAUAUUUGCCAUCCUCACUUCUGGAUCAGGACUUCUUGGCCUUAUAUUUGUCCCUAAGUGCUAUAUCAUUCUGUUAAAGCCAGAACGGAACACUAGACUAUACUUAAUACAAUUAAAACAUAAAUAA